AUGGCGAGAAGUAGAUCAAGAAGUUUUAUUACUACUGAAAAACCAACUACUUACGAUGAAGACCAAUUUGCCCUACCAAACUUAAAUUCUAAUUGGGUGUACUAUAAAGGUGCUUGGUUAGUUCAUAUUAUUCUGAUUAUUUGCGUCAAGAUUUUGCUUAGUAGUGUUCCUGGAGUAUCUUCUGAAACUAGUUGGACAUUAACCAAUCUGUCAUAUAUGCUCGGCAGUUUUGUGAUGUUUCAUUGGGUAAAAGGAGUUCCAUUCGAUUUUAAUUCGGGAGCCUAUGAUGGAUUAACAUUAUGGGAACAAAUCGAUAAUGGAGCACAAUUUACUCCCGCUAAAAAAUACCUUACAGCUUUACCAAUUGGAUUAUUUUUACUUAGUACACAUUAUACACAUUAUGAUGCAAUUACUUUUUUGGUCAAUUUUACAUUUUUGGCAGUGGUAAUUAUAGCAAAAUUACCCCAAUUGCAUAAAGUUCGUUUAUUUGGAAUCAAUAGACUUGAAGUCGAAUGA